GAUUAAAUAUCGGUUUAAUUUUUUCUCUUAAAUUAUACCCGUGAUAAACACUCGGUUCUUCGUUGAUUAGAUAAUUAUUUAUUAUCUAGUCACAUAAUUUAAUGCGUCAAUUAAUUUAUAAUUAAUGUUUUGAUUAAACAAAUACCGAAUAAGUUAUUCAUUCUGUGUAAAAAUGGCUAAAUGGAAAUUAUGCCGACAAACAUUUGGUGAAGAAGAAUUCAUAAUAACGGAAGGAGAUGAGGUCACAAUUGGAAGAGGAAUUAAUAAUACUAUAGUGUUGUCUAGUUUAUUAAUUUCAAGGAACCAUUGUAUAUUAAACGUCGAGAAAACUAAAGUUCUUAUCACUGACUUGAAGAGCUCUAAUGGCAUAUAUAUUGGAAUAAAGAAAAUUGCUCCUAAUAUACCAUAUACAGUAAAAUGUUCUGAUGUAAUAGGAUUUGGGUUAGCUGAAAAUGCGACUCAUGAAAAUAUAAAAAACAGUGAAAAAUAUAUUUUUAAGUUAACUCAAUAUGUAGUACCUACACCUUUAAUAGAUAGGAUAACAUUUCAAAGUGAUAAUGAAAUUGACGAAAUUGAAAACAAAAUUGCUGCAUUAGAAAGUAAUGGUGUUAUGGUGACUCUUAACUCAUCUGGUAUUGCUGGGAAACACACUUUAAAAAGAAAAAUCAGCAUAGAUUUACCUCAAGUCUGUAUCAAACAAGAAGUCAACGAAGCCAAAGCACCUGACAUUUCUAAUAAGACUGAUGGAAUCAUAGAUCUGUUGUCAGAUAGUGAAAAUGAAAUGCAACCAAAAGCAAUCAAUAUGAAAAAAAUCAAAUUAGAAACCAUACAUGAAAAAGAUUCAAAAGAUGUCACUACAAAACCUGAAAAUGAAUAUUUGCAGUUUGAGGCUUUUGAUGUUAAACAAGAAUAUUUUAGAGAUGAUGAUGAUGAUGAACCAAUUCAAAUCGACAGUGACAGUGAUAGUGAAUCAGAACAUUGGUAUUUACGACUUUCACAGAGUUCACCAGGAAAACCAUUUAUGAAACUGAAGAAUGAAAGAGCCAAAGAAACACAUAAAGAAGAUAGUUCAUACAGUCAAAUUGAUGAUGAAAUUAGUAAUAAUGUAUUGAAUAAUACUUUUUCAAAUAAUGAUGAAGAUUUCAUUGAUGACUUAAUAUCAAUACCUCCUCAACCACCUGAUGAACAGAUCAGAUUGCCACAAACUAAUAUUGUUACAAAUAAAAUCUCUGUUAGUGAGGAAUAUAUGGAGGAUAUAAUAUCAUUUAACCAGAAUGUAACAGAAAAUUCUUCAUCAAAUAAAGACUAUGUUGAUGGUGUUUCCCCUAACAGUCAUGAAAAAUUACAUAAUAAAAAAGAUUUGCAAACCGAUGGAUUAAAGAAAAUACAGUUGAUAACACCAAUUCCACAUCUACCAAAACGGAAAACAAAUAAUAUAUCACAAGAAAAAAAAUCUAAAACAUACAAGAACGAAAAAAAGAAACAUUCAUUUAAAAGACAUAUCAGUAACUCACAAAAAGAAGAACGUAAAAAGAAACUCAAAGAAAUUGCUAAUAAAGAAAAAGAAGAAAAUGAACUGAACCCAACAAUAACUCCUAAUAAUAAUGCUAGUAAAUCUGUAGUCAUAAAAGUAACGUCCACUAAUCGAGGUGCCUUUUUAUCUGAUGUGUCGCAAGGAGUUGUUAAACCCAUGAAGCAAAGAGUAAGCUCUCAAGAAAAUAAAAAAGAUACACAGAAGACCAGUGGAAUGACAUCUGAAUUGUUAUGUGAAGACAAGUCACCUAAACCUAGUGAUGAUAUUGAGAAUAAGAAGGAACAACCUAAACUAGUAAACAAAGAACAACAGAAGACAUCUAGCCAUAAAGACAAACAUGUUAGCUCAAAGCACAGAUCAAAAGAUAAUAAAAUACCUAGUUUACAAUCUACAAUAGAAUCGAGGGUACCCCUCAAAAGUUUAAAACCAUUAACAGAAAGUGAAGACUCAUUCUCAGGCAAACCAUUUUCUAAAGUGGAGCCACUGCCACCUAAGAAACCUAAAAAAUCUGUCCGAUUCUCUGAAGCUCCACCUGAAAUCCGAGAGUUUCAGAUUGAACUAGGUAAUAGGAUGCAGAAAACUAGUUUAGUAAAAACUAGUCUAGUUGAUGUGCAGCAGCUGCCCAUAUUUUCCAAAGAAAAAAUUACAUUAAUGAAAAUCCUCAGAUGGAAUCCUCAGUGGUUGGAAGAACAGAUUAACAACAAUGACCCACCACCAAUAUUAGGGCACAAUAACCCACCAACUGCCCUUUUUCAAUGCUUUAAUAACCAUGAACAGUAUGUUCAAAUGGUUGGUGAUUUGCUUCUUAUGGAAAUUUGGGAAUGUCUAACUUUGGCAUAUAUGAAAAUACGCAAUCAAACUAACGGAUUGCAAAUGAGAAUAGCUUCUUUACCACCUGUGCCUACACAAGAAAGAAGUUUCGAUAUAUUUAAUAUCAGUGUAGACAUAUCAUUACCAACAUCGGAAAUAAAACAUUUUUUACCCAGAGUUGGUGAAAUCAUGCUUAUUUCUUUUGGAUCAGAAAAAAACGUAAGCCGUAGGUUUUUCUUUGUGCAUAAUAUCAGAACUAAUCCUUCGCCGCCAAGUAACAAACAUUCAUUUUACAACAUAUCUUUACAUACAACAUACACGGAGAAGAUGAAACUAUUAAAAUGUGGUGAAUUAAUGACUGGGUUCAGUCUGACAUAUAUCAGAAAUGAACUUAAUUUGUUUGAAGCUAUGGCUUACUUAGCAGGUUCUCCUCUAAGUGAGAUUAUUUUAAGACCUGCGCCACAUCAUUUUAAAAUUCCUGUCUUUAAUCCAGAGAGCACUCUAAAGUCACAGUGGACAAUGACUCUGAAUGAGAGUCAGCAAGAGGCAGUUAGUUCAUCCGUAUCUGCAGCGUUAGGCGAUCGACCCUGCAUACAAAUGAUACAGGGACCGCCGGGCACAGGGAAAUCCAGCGUGAUUUGUGCUAUCGUCAUGACAUAUUUUUAUAAUGAACACGGGAAGAAACAACAAAACCGGGGGAAGAUAUUAAUUUGCGCGACAAGCAAUGCCGCGGUGGAUGAACUAGUCAUUAGAUUAUUAAAUAUCAGACAAAAUUUACCAAAAGAGGAGCGGUUCCGCAUGGUGCGCGUGGGGCGCGUGGAGGCGAUGUCUGCGCGCGCGCGUGACGUCAGCUCGCAGCAGCUGGCCGCCCGCGACGCGCGCCUGCAGGCCGACGCCGCCGCCCUGCAGCCCGCGCGCCUCGGGCUCGCGGAGGAGAUUUCUCGACUAGAAGCCAAACUGAACAUGUGGAAAACGGCAGCCCAAGACGCAAAGGACCCAGUACGAGUUGCGUACUGUCAGGGUCGUAUGACCGACCUCGUCAAAAGGAUAACACUGAUGCGCGCGGGCGGCGGCCCCGAGGUGCGUCCCGAGCAGGUGGCGCAGGCCGAGCGCCGCAUCGUGCAGGGAGCUGACAUCGUCGUCGCCACGCUCGCCGCCGCGCACCUCCACAAGAUGAAGGGGCUGAAGAAUCGGAUCGCAUUGUGUAUAGUGGACGAAGCGGGGCAGGCCAUCGAACCGGAGGCAUUGAUCCCGCUCACGCUUGACGUCACGCGCCUCACGCUCAUCGGCGACCCACAGCAGCUGCCCGGCUUUAUAUGCUCACAGCGUGCGAAACAGCACGGGCUCGGCGAGAGCCUGUUCUCGCGGCUGUCGUCGUGCGCGGGCGGCGAGCGAGGCGAGCGCGGGCCGGCGCUGCUGCUGCGGCGGCAGUACCGCAUGCACGCGCACAUCGCCGACUACCCCAACCGCGCCUUCUACGCCGGCCGCGUGCACUCGGCGCCGCCGCCGCGCCCGCCGCUGCCGCUGCCGCCGUACGCCGUGCUCGCCGUCGCCAGCGGGGACAAGGGACAAGGUGCUUCCGGAGCAAAUGAAAUGGAAGCAUGGGCCGUUUCGAGACUAGUAGUCGCUUUGAACUCUCUACUACGCGGAUUAAAUUUAAGCUUGGCAGUCAUCACGCCAUACAAUGCUCAUAAGGAUCUCAUCAAGAAAAAUAUUCGAAUAUUACAGAAUUCAUCUGAGCCUCACGUGGAGGUGAACACGGUGGACAGCUUCCAAGGCCAGGAGCGCGACGUGGUGGUGGUGUCGCUGGCGCGCAGCCACGGGCUCGGGUUCCUGGCCGACGCGGGCCGCAUGAACGUCAUGCUCACACGAGCCCGCCAUGCGCUUCUUGUCUGCCUCAACCCGCACGCUGUGCUGAAAAAUUACCAAUGGCGAACUUUAGUGGAAGAUGCACAGCGCAGGAAAAUGUAUAGGGCGCUUCCGAAUGAAAUGUGCCAAUCGGUCGGUCAUAUAGCUAAUGAACAGGUGCUAAAAUACGUAACAGAAGAGAAACCUACGACUCGUUCAAAACGAUGAACAUGUCUGACUGACCAAUAUUUGGGAACUUAUUACUGUUCUAAGUACAUAGAUACGUAAUUUAAUAUGACACGUAAAUUAACGUAUAAAUGCAAGUCAGUGCAUUUAAACAAGUUAAAAGAAGUAAAUGUAAAAUAAGUAAUAUUUAUUCAGUACUGAUGUAUCUAUAUAUCUAUUGCUAAUGUAAAUGUCUAUAGGUGCUACUUAUCCCAUACUUCAGUUACACCAAAAAAAAAAUUUUAACUCCGUAAAAUACAUGUAGUCUCUGCUUACAUUUAUUUAAAAGACUACGAGUUAUAACCUGUUUAAUGUUUUUUUUACAAUCAAAUAUCCUUAAAAAUGCAAAUAUUCCAUUGUAAUUGAAUGACAUCUAAAAAAAAUGGUAUUGUAGUAUGCUUAGACAGAUGCUUUACUUGCCUUAGACCAGCACUGUUACCUUGGGAAUUAGAAAAAUACAUUUUCUCCAAUACAUACAAUUCAUCAUCAUUAUCAUCUCGAUGUCGACCUAAUGUACAGACGUCACUCCUGCUCACCAUUGAGAAUCCACUAAUGCUACUAUGAAUGAAAAAAGUCCUCAUUACAUUAUUUGUUGGAGAUCCUAGAUGUGUUAUUUCAAUUUGUCCUUGACUUGUUAUUUAGGUUUAUAUUUACUUACCUAUUUUUUUUUUCGGACUACUCUAAUGCUAUUGACCGCAGCUGGCCUUUACAGCUUCACCGGACGGUAGGGGGCGAGUGCAGAUAGCACUCCAAACCCGUGGAAGGACUUAUAGAGCGGCUGAAGGCCAACUCCCGCCUGACAGAUACGACUUUAGUCUGAGAGCACCGUUAGGGGUUCGAACCUCGGCUCAGACAUUUCGAUCCCCGUUUGAAUUGGACGGGGUAUCGAUCAGAGGGGAUUUUCUUACUGUAUCAAAGGAAGAUGUAGCGGUAAAAUAAAAUAAAGCGGAAGCAAUAUUAUAUGCUCGUUUUUAAAUAUACUUAGGUUAAAUUUAUUACCUGUGUACUCUAUUGUAAAUAAAAACUUUACU